UUGAGAAUGCUGGCUAGAAAUGACUCCUUAGUGACUGAAUUUAUUCUUGCUGGAUUAACAGACCGUCCAGAGCUCCAGCAGCCCCUCUCUUACCUGCUUCUAAUGAUCUACAUUGUCACUAUGGUGGGCAACCUGGGCUCGAUCAUUCUUAUUGGUCUAAAUUCUCACCUCCACACCCCCGUGUACUAUUUAGUCUUCAACUUAUCCUUCACUGAUCUCUGUUGCUCCUCUGUUUUCACCCCCCAGAUGCUGAUGAACUUUGUAUUCAGGAAGAAUAUCAUCUCCUAUGCUGGGUGCAUGACUCACCUGUUUUUCUUUCUCUUUUUUGUCAUCUCUGAAUGCUGUAUGUUGACCUCAAUGGCCUGUGAUCGUUAUGUGGCCAUCUAUACUCCACUGCUGUAUAAGGUCACCAUGUUCCAUAAGGUCUGUUUGGUGCUAUCUUUGGCUGCAUAUGUGGUGGGGUUUACUGGAGCCUCUGCCCAAACAGGGUGCAUGCUUAGACUAACCUUCUGCAAUGUUAAUAUCAACCAUUACUUGUGUGACAUCCUCCCACUCCUCCAAGUCUCUUGCACCAGCACUUAUGUCAGUGAGGUGGUAGUUCUCAUUGUUGUGGGUAUUAAUAUCACAGUACCCAGUUUCACCAUCCUAGUUUCUUACAUCUUCAUCCUUACUAGCAUUCUUCAUAUCAAAUCCACUCAGGGAAGAUCGAAAGCCUUCAGCACCUGUAGCUUCCACAUCAUUGCUCUUUCUCUUUUUUUUUUUUUUGGUUCAGCAGCAUUCAUGUACCUUAAAUAUUCUUCUCCUGGAUCUAUGGACCUGACAAAAAUUUCUUCUGUUUUCUAUACUAACGUGGUGCCCAUGGUCAAUCCUUUGAUUUACAGUUUGAGAAACAAGGAUAUCAAAGUUAUACUGAGGAAAUCCCUGUUUAAGAAUCCAGAGGAGAACCAUGUUCUAAUUUGA